UCGUGCUAUCCCAGCAUGCAAUAGUCGGAGCUGUACCCAACACGCGCAGCCGUGGAACAGCGUGCGUGAAUACGGAAAGGAAAAUUCAUCCAUCAACAUUUUAUUUAGCCGGAUUAUUAUUAUAUGAGAAUCAACACAAAAACAAGCUACAGUUGGAUCCGAAGAACAUUCAGUUAUCUGUACUGAUAGGGUGAUCUUGGAGGAAACGAACGACCGAGGGUUUAGCUAGCUACUGAAAAUGUCCCUGGUUUGUGCAAUCUCGAAUGAGGUGCCGGAGCACCCCUGCGUGUCGCCGGUGUCCAACCAGGUGUUCGAGCGGCGGCUGAUUGAGAAGUACGUCGCCGAGAAUGGAACAGACCCUAUGAAUGGGCAGCCUCUGUCAGAGGAACAGCUGAUAGACAUUAAAGUCUCUCAUCCCAUCAGACCCAAAGCUCCCUCAUCCACUAGUAUCCCAGCCAUCCUCAAAGCUCUGCAGGACGAGUGGGAUGCGGUGAUGCUCCACAGUUUCACCUUGAGGCAGCAGUUACAGACGACACGUCAGGAGUUAAGCCACGCCCUCUACCAGCACGACGCCGCCUGCAGGGUCAUCGCCCGUCUCACCAAGGAGGUCACUGCCGCCAGAGAGGCUCUGGCCACUCUGAAGCCACAGGCGGGAUUGGUGGUGGCUCAGGCAGUCGCUUCCCAGCCCUCUGUCACGGCUGGAGGUGCAGGAGAGCCCAUGGAGGUCAGUGAGCAGGUGGGAAUGAUACCAGAGAUCAUACAGAAGCUGCAAGACAAGGCCACUGUCCUGACCACGGAGAGAAAGAAGAGAGGAAAGACCGUUCCAGAAGAGCUGGUCCGAACGGAGGACCUCAGCAAGUACAGACAAGUCGCUACCCAUGCUGGUCUCCACAGUGCCAGUGUGCCUGGGAUCCUGUCUCUGGACCUGUGUCCCUCCGACACCAACAAAGUGCUCACUGGCGGGGCUGAUAAGAACGUGGUGGUGUUUGAUAAGAAGGAGGAGCAGAUCAUCGCAACCCUGAAAGGACAUACCAAGAAGGUCACCUCUGUCAUCUAYCACCCCUCUCAGUCGGUAGUGUUCUCGGCCUCUCCAGACAGCACUAUCCGCGUGUGGUCCGUUACCGGGGGCAACUGUGUCCAGGUGGUGCGGGCUCACGAGGCGAGCGUCACCGGGCUCUCCCUCCACGCCACCGGAGACUACCUGCUCAGCUCCUCCGAGGAUCAGUACUGGGCCUUCUCUGACAUCCAAACAGGUCGUGUUCUCACCAAAGUCACUGAUGAGGCGGCAGGAUGUGCUCUGACCUGUGCCCAGUUCCACCCUGACGGUCUGAUCUUCGGGACGGGGACGGCCGACUCUCAGAUCAAGAUCUGGGACCUGAAGGAGCGCACCAACGUGGCCAACUUCCCCGGCCACAUCGGCCCCGUCACCUCCAUCGCCUUCUCUGAGAACGGAUACUACCUGGCUACAGGUGCCCAGGACAGCUCAGUGAAGCUCUGGGAUCUGAGGAAGCUGAAAAACUUCAAAACCAUCACCCUGGACAACAACUAUGAGGUGAAGUCCCUGGUGUUUGACCAGAGUGGGACGUACCUGGCUGUGGGUGGCACUGACAUCAGGGUCUACAUCUGUAAGCAGUGGUCCGAGGUCCUCAACUUCACAGAACACACUGGGGUGGUGACUGGCGUGGCGUUCGGGGAGCACGCCCAGUUCCUCACCUCCACCGGAAUGGACAGAAGCCUCAAGUUCUACAGCCUGUAAAAACAGGGAUCAAAGAUCAUAUGGGCAGAGUGAUGGAUGGCUCUGAUUGGCUGGCCUCUCUGAGGUCACACUGAUGAUGUAUGCAUGGGAAGAGACUUUGGCUGUGUCCCAAAUGGCACCCUAGGGAAUAGGAUGCCAUCUUGGGGAUACACAGACCCUGCAGCUGUUGAUCAGAAGGGAAAUGCAGCCUGAUUGGAUAAUAAUCUGAGGCUCGAAUGUUAGAAUGGAUUUUUAACUGAUAUKCUCCAUGAACAAUGGUGAAACAGAGCAUAUCAAUUURGAUUCCAGGCUACUGGAAUGCACCCAAAAUAUGUCACUCAACAAUCCUACUGUAUAUGACCCAUACUAUACUAAGAGCCAUGGGGCGUGUCCCAAAUGGCACCCUAUUCCCUAUAUAGGGCUGGACUACUUUUGACAGGAGCCCAAUGGGCCCUGGUCAAAGGUUGUACACGAUAAAGGGAAUAGGGUGCCAUUUGGGACGCAGGCAUUGACUGAAUCACACCAAGAGCCAUACAAGCAUAUUGUAGACCAUGUCCAUUCAUCAAUGUGUAUAUAGUACCUUGUAAGACCCCCCACACACACAGAGGUAACUUCAUAGUGAACGUUGUUGUAGAUAUAGAUCUAUAUAAUAUAUAUAUUUGAAGCUCAGUGCCACCUUUAUUUUUAUUCAUAUCAUUACAGUAUCAGUAUGUGGUAUUAGUCUUUACAGCUUGUGAAUGUCAUGUUGAUUUCAUGCCUUUUUAUUCUCCUCAUCCUUUUUUUUUUUUUUUACUAUCCAUUAUGUUUCUUGUGCAAUGUGAAUGAUUUCGGUUAGUUGGUAAGUGAUGCCAUUGAUUUGAGGAAAUUCUAAUAUUUGUAUUUUUUUCAACCCUCUGCUCCAUUUCACUGUUUAAUUUUUUUUUCUUCAUAUCUUUAUUUUAUUAUCGUAUUGUCCCUCCUUUCUCUCUUCAUGAAAUGCCUGUUUUAUGCAUUAUGAUUUUGCUAGGUGAAGACUGUUUGUUUUUAGAUCAUCAAUCAAUAAACAUCAAAAUAGUC